CGCGCACACACAAAAACACUUUCUAUCCUUGUGGGGACCUGAAAACAAACCCAGACCCAUUAGUCCAUGCUCCCGAUUUCCCCUCGCCCUUAACCUAACCCUGACCUCAAAACAACAUGUUUAUGCCUACACUUAACCUAGUCUUAACUCCUAACCCUAAACCUAACCAGUAAUGCCUAAACCUAAAAUUAACCCCAUUUUUAACACUAUGCCAAAUUUUACAUAUUUCCUAAACCUAACUCGGCCUGAAAUUGCAUUUCUCAUAGCAGGGACCCGUCAAAAACCUUGUUUGGGCCGUUUCUUUUUUUUCUUUUCUUUGUGAGGACAUUAGGUCACCAAAGGUACCCAGACGUCGAACACACACUUACGAUGCAGUUCUUGAUGUCUGCCACCGUCAAACCUGUCACGGAGAUCGUUUUGGCAACUGAUCUCUCUAUUCAUCAUCUGCAAAUGAUGUCUGGAUGUCUCCGAGUCUUGCCCCUCUCCCCUCCCCGUCACCAACCGACAUGAGAACGCCAGGCAUCACCGUCAUGGUCCUUAUCAUCCUUCUAAUCAGCCCUCUCACCGUCCACAUCAUCCUUCUAAUCAGCCCUCUCACCGUCCACAUCAUGCCUCUCUGCGUUCUGUAUACACAAGGCAUUGGCAACAAAGAGUGGAGAGAGUUUGGAAGGACAGAGGUGAUUGACAACACUCUCAAUCCGGAGUUUGUUCGUAAAUUCAUCUUGGAUUAUUUCUUCGAAGAACGACAGAAUCUGCGAUUUGACUUGUACGAUGUUGACUCAAAGAGUGCCAACCUGUCCAAACACGACUUCCUGGGCCAGGCUUUCUGUACAUUGGGAGAGGUGGUGGGAUCGCUGGGGAGCCGUAUGGAGAAGCCUCUUGUGGGCAUUCCAGGAAAGAAGUGUGGAACAAUCAUCUGCAAGGCUGAGGAACUAGGGAACUGCAGGGAGUCCGUCAUGAUGCAAUUCUGUGGGAAUAAACUGGACAAGAAAGAUUUCUUCGGCAAGUCCGACCCUUUCCUUGUCUUCUACAGAAGCAAUGAGGAUGGAACCUUCACUAUCUGCCACAAGACGGAGGUGGUGAAGAACACUCUGAACCCAGUGUGGCAAGCGUUCAAGAUCCCCGUCAGAGCCCUCUGCAACGGAGACUACGACAGGUCGGUGUGUUUAACAAUCAAGAUCGAAUGCUACGACUGGGACAGAGAUGGAAGUCAUGACUUCAUAGGAGAGUUCAGUACUAGCUACAGAGAGCUAUCCAGAGGCCAGUCCCAAUUCAAUGUGUAUGAGGUGGUCAAUCCGAAGAAGAAAGGAAAAAAGAAAAAAUACCUGAACUCUGGAACGGUAACAUUGCUCUCAUUCCUGGUGGACAUAGAAGUAACCUUCCUGGACUACAUCAAAGGAGGGACCCAGAUUAAUUUCACGGUGGCGAUUGAUUUCACCGCUUCAAACGGCAACCCCGCCCAGCCCACCUCUCUCCACUACAUGAGUCCCUACCAGAUGAAUGCCUACGCCAUGGCUCUAAAGGCUGUCGGCGAGAUCAUCCAGGACUACGACAGUGAUAAGAUGUUCCCCGCCCUAGGCUUUGGAGCCAAGCUGCCCCCCGACGGGCGGGUUUCGCACGAGUUCGCCCUGAACGGCAACCCCCAGAACCCCUACUGUACAGGGAUUGAUGGAGUUAUGGAGGCGUACUACCAGAGCCUAAAGUCUGUCUGUCUCUACGGCCCAACCAACUUUUCACCUGUCAUCAAUCAUGUGGCCAGGUACGCUGCGUCCGUGAAGGACGGCUCUCAGUACUUCAUCCUGCUCAUCAUCACAGACGGAGUCAUCUCGGAUAUGGCCCAGACCAAGGAGUCCAUCGUUAACGCAUCAUGUCUUCCUAUGUCAAUCAUCAUUGUGGGGGUGGGACCAGCAGAAUUUGAUGCAAUGAUUGAGUUGGACGGGGAUGAAGUAAGGAUCUCGUCGAGGGGAAGAUAUGCAGAGAGAGACAUUGUUCAGUUUGUUCCGUUCAGAGACUACAUCGACCGGACAGGAAACCACAUCCUGAGCAUGGCCCGUCUGGCUAAGGACGUCCUGGCUGAAAUCCCUGACCAGUUCCUCUCCUACAUGCGGACCAGGGGCAUCAAGCCAUCGCCUGCGCCCCCUCCUUACACCCCCCCAGGGCACCCUCUGCAGAGCCCUAUUGGGCAUCCCUUAAACACGCCACCUGGACACCCCCUUCAGACCCAGAUCUGAGGAUUGGAGACCCUGGUACUAAACAACACCUCUUCAAAUAUUUCUAUGUCUCUCCUCUGCAUCACUUGCUCAGUGAUAUGAGGGGCCUUCUUGGCGCUCUCUCUCUUUCUCUCUCUCUCUUUCGUUGCACUAUGGAGACUGACUGACGGGCAGAAUUACUGGCAAGGUUCUGGAUGCUUAUUUUGAGAGAUUUGAAGGAAUCUGUAGUGGAACAGGCGGAUGGGCCAACAAAGGCAUGUUUACUAAAAUGUUCAGGGCGUUCCAGUGUCUGGACUUCCUGUUAAUCGACCAAUGAAGACAUACCCAGGAAUGCCUGGAAUAUGGACUGUCUGUUCUUCCCAGCUUGCAUGGGAAGGGACUCCUGAGUCAAGAACGAAGUAAGGAAGUAUGAAAGGCCUUUUUCAGUGGCGAAAAUGUUCUAGUCUCUGGAUGUAGAAUCACUUGACUGUUGUAAAUAACUGGAAAUAUAUUUUGUUUCCGUCUCUCUCUGUUCUUUCUCUCUCUCUGCUCUGUCUAUUUUACCAACUCUCACUUCAACGUUUACAGUACAUGUUAUUGAUAAAGAUUUAUACCGUUGUAUACUUUUAUAUAACACUCGUAGCUACUUCUUUCAAUAUGAACAUUUGGAAUAUCGAUGGAUCUUCGGUCGUUAUCCCACGGCGUGUUGUCUUUGCCACGGGAGUUAGGUUGAGGAUGCAACAGUGCAGGUAGCCACAGUAGUAUACUAAACCGUGCCGUUCUGUACUGUAUUAUACUAUGUGUCCUUUUGCAUGAGUGUAGCAUUGGAGCAUGUAUUGUGGUCCUACACUGCCCUGCCUGCCACUGCUCUCAGGCUCUGGGGUUCCAUAUUUAUUCACCUACUCUGUCAUUCUGCUCCCUUCUAAACUGCCUUGGCAGUAGGUUGCCCAUGCUGGUCGCUUUGCGUUGUGCCUACAGGUUUUCACGCCGUGUCUCGACCGACGGCACGUUCCCUUCCAAUCCAUUAAAAAGCAACUACCGUUGCUCUUGUCCAGCGUGAGGCGACAGAUGCCCAGUGGUCAAAAAUGGUAACGCUGAUGCUUACCUUCCAUUCUGGGGGUUUUCUCAUGUGCCGCCACAUUAGCUAGUUUAUUGCCUUGGAAGUUCCUCUUUUUAAGUUGAUUGUUUUACGUAGCCUCGAAUCGCAGUUGCUGUAGAGUUGUGCCAAUCCGUGUGUUACAUAUGAUUUAUAUAUCUGUUAUAGCGUGUUGACCCAAGAUGAUGCUUGGUGGUCAUCAUGACAACUUGUUCUUCCUAAAUGUUGUAAUUCUCAUCCCAUAAUGCCAAGCAAGAAUACCCAGUAAGGGGCAGGAGUUUAACCUUAACAAAUGAUUUGACCGGGAGGAACUCCUGGCCUCUAACAGAUAUUCUCAGUUAAUCCUCUAAUUUACUAUAACCAGGGUAUCUGCUGUCUUAAUGGAUUAACAGUUUCUGUAACAACUGCCUUUUAUUUCAUAUUAAUACUUAAAAUUGUUGUUACAAUAGCUAGUGAUUUUCUCAAUUCGAAAGCACUUACUAUUGAAUUGAGGUAGUGGGUCAUGUAUGUCCUGAUGGGUACAUUUUAAUAUUCCAUAUCAAAGUUAUAGAAAUUCCAACUCAAUAUGUAUUUACUUAAACCAGGGUGUGUCAAACCUAUGUCCAAUCCAAAUACGCGUCUCUACUCCCCUAUAAGACCGAUCGUGGCCUCCAGGGUCAAACGUUUUUACCGUCUGAGUUUGUUCAUGUGUGCAUUCAUGUGUUCCACUGUUUGUCAGCUGGCUGUCUGUUGCCAUAUCGUGACUGCCACAAUUCAACCACACAAUCACUCCUAGCUUCUGUCUUUCUGCAAGUCUUCCUCCUGUCUCAUUGCAGAUCAGUGGAUUCGCCUCAUACACAUUUGAUUGGACAACUGUGUGCUCAAAUGGGAUUAAGUCUCUUUAGCCAAUCAUUUUUGGGUGGCAGACAAGGUGAGAGAGUCAACCAUCACAGGUUGUCCGGAGACGAUGGACAUUAGUGCUACAUACCUGGUUUGACCUGAAGUCGUUAAACUACACAGAUGUUGGCUAGACUGGACAGAGAAUAACCUCAUAAUGGUAUAUUCAACACGGCAGUCUGUGGAUUUAGACCACAUGCUUUACAAAACAUAUGUAUAUAGAUUUUAUAGAUUUUUAUAAUAUACACUGCCUUCUUGUUAAAAAAGUUGACACUCACUGUAUUUCAGAUAUUUACUUUCUGUCACUAAUGUCUUCAGGCUGUUUUUCUCUGACUUGAAAGGGAUCAGCUUCUGAUAUUGGUUCUAUGACAAUUUUAGCUGGGGCUAGCCUGACUGUAUCAUAUGAAAUCCUAGCUAUUUGCCAUAUACCCCAAUUAAUUCAGAAUGCAGCAGCAUGUAUAUUAACGAAAACUGUAAAGAUAGCACACAUUACACCUAUUGUAAAGUCCCUGCAUUGGUUGUCUAUUAGUUUAAGAAUGACUUGUCUGAUAGGGUUUUUAACACUCCCUGACUGUGUCAGUCAGAUUGGUUUUCGUUGUUUCAGAAGCCAGAACUAACAUGUUUGGUAAGCCUGCCUUCAGCCAUCAUGGUCCUGGUAUUUGGUACAGCCUGCCAGAUGAGGUGAGGGCCUCUUGGUGGUCCCACCCCCUGGGGGCAGUUCCCAAUCCACGCAGUCUAAACUCUACCGACCUUCAAAAAACAUCGGAAAACUCACCUUUUCAUAGUGUACAUAAAAUAGUUCCACUGACACCUCUGUCUGUUAACCUGCCAUAGAUUUUUUUCUGUUUAUUAUUUGUAUGGUCUUCAUUCCAGCACUGACCUUUGCCAAUAACUAAUUUAUUGAUUAGAAUGCACUUUCUGCUAAACUUUGUUGUUUCACCUUGCUCUUUUACAAUUUAUACAUUUACUGUAAAUCGCUUUGGAUAAGACCAUUUGCUAAAUACCUAAAACGUUAAAUGUAAAUAUAAAGAAAGUUGUCAUUUAUUUUAAUAUAUAUAAUUACACAAGUUUAAAGUCAAGGUUUAGGCUCCCUUUUGUGUGAUUAUUACAGUUGCUUAGUCUAUAAGCCCUUAUCUCCUGUAAAAUGUUUUCUAUGUCAAAACGCUAUUUUAGCAGGGAAGUUCCAUCAAAAUUCAAAGUACAUAGGAGCACAAAUGAAAGCUAACCCUCUAUUUUAUAUGUUUAAGAAAUUAAGGCAUGUAGAGUUCAAUCCAUAUGUAUUUGAACACUGUCACAAGUUUUGUAGUCUUGGCUCAGUACUACAGCAUGUUGGGUUUGAAAUGAUACAGCAGUGAUGGGGUUAAAGUGCAAACUGUUAGCUUUAAUUUAGAUAAAUUUCUAUCCAUAUCGGAUGAACCAGUAAGAAAUAACCAUAUUUGAUCUAUAUAUUCCCCCAUUUACAGGGCUCCAAAGUAUUUGGACAAUUUGCUUUACAGUGGUUUCUUAUAAGGCAGAGGUGUUUGUUUGCAUCGUUAGUGGAUGCACACGAUGGCUCUCAAUGUUUAGCCUUUUUGAGGCUUUGCAUUUGGAGUAGGUUGUUGGUGUCUGACAACAUUGGGACCAAAGAAGUGUCAAUGGAUGUCAAGCUGGCCAUGCGGCUAAAUCAGAAUGCAUUGAAUGGUGACAAAGCCAAAACAUCAGGCCUGCCAAAGUCAACUGUUUGGCACAUUAAGACAAAGAGCAUUGGUACAUUACUUGUUACCUUAGACCAACAGAUUGUGAUCACCGUAGGAGGUAGGCAUGUGUCAGCGUCUGACAUUGACAGAAAGACUUCACCAGACGAACUACAGAGGCUAGACUGCAAGGUGCAAAAACUUAAACACAAAAAAAGAGCUUGCAGAGUUCUGAAAUAUGUUAUUGUGGACAGACAAUGCAAAUAUUGAUAUGUACCAAAAUGAUGGCAGAAGGAGAGUGGAGGGAACAAAGGAACUGGCAUACUAACUUCUCUGUAAGGUGUUAUGUUUGGGCCAUAUAUGGCUCCUACUGGAACUGGCUCACUUGUCUUUUUAUUAAUGGAACUGCUGACGAGAACAGUUGGAUGAAUUAUGUGUACAGAAACAUAUUGUCCACUCAGAUCCAACCAAAUGCCUCAAAACUCACUAGACGGCACAUCACCUUGCAACAAGAAAAUUACCCCAUACUGCUUAAACAACCAAGGUGUUUUUCAGGGCCAAAAAAUGAAAUAUUCCUGACUGGCCAAAUUAGUCACCUGACCUGAAUCCAAGUGAGCAUGCAAUUUAAUUGCUGAAGACAAGACUGAAGGCAAAAAUUCCCAGGAACAAACAGGAACUGAAGAUUGCAGAGGGGUGGGAGGGACGAUACCCAGCCUCUGGUGAUGUUAAUCGGUUGCAGAUUUCAAGCAGUUAUGAAACGCUAAGGAUUUGCAAUCAAGUACUAAAUAUGAGUAUUUUAUUUAAGAGCUGUAAAUCCUACACGGUUCAUGGUUUACAGCUGACAGUCAUUUGCAUUUCAAAUAUAGUGUGCUGAUACAGAGCCAAAACAACAAAACCUGUCACUGUGCAAAUAUUUAUGUGCAGUGCUGUAUCUGUGUGUAUAUAUACACACUCAUACACAGGUUUUUUUGUCUUGGCUUUGUAUUCAUGUAAUUUUCAAUGGCUUUCAUCUCUAAUCAAAAAUGUUGAACCAUUUGGUCUUAUUUGUAAGUGGUGGGGCUCAUUAGAAUAAUAGACAAUGUGAAGAAUAAACUAGGGAAGAUAUCUGUUAAGGACACCUCACAAUGAAUAGGUCUAUCCAUCAUAAUGCCUUUCUGUAAAGCACAGAUCAGGGACUCAUAAUGUCAUUUUGUUGUGUCAGUCUGUUACUAGGUGUUCAUCCACUACGCUUCCUGUAGUUUACCAACCAAAAUAGAUUUUUUGAAACUCCUGCAUAUCAUGACUGACGAUUUGUUCUGCAUACAAUCUUAAGUCUUAAUUCAGGUUAGUUAAAAAACAAGGUCACCCCAAACUAAAGGAUAUUUUACCGUCAUUCUGUUUAAAAAUUUGACAUCUGCACUCUUAAACGAAAUGUGUUUUUGUAAAUAUUUUUGGUGGAAAUUAAGAGUCUGUGGUCCAUGUGCAUAGAUUUAUAUGGUUUGUUUAGUGUUGCAGUCAGUCAUAUAUCUUGAUUUGUGACAUGUGAAUUCGCUGUCUAAGCGUCAUUCUGUUAUCGCAGUGGUGGCAAACGCUUAGAGCUUUGGGGUUUAAAAAAAUCAGUGAUCAAACAUUUUUCUUUCUACACAAUUUCUUUGCCAAAAUCUAUUCGCUGACCACGAAAAAAUAUAUUUUAUACUCAAACCUACCAUGGUCAAGUUUGAAUGUGGCUCAAGGGCCACAUUCGGGACCCGGGCCAUAGUCUGCCCAGAUCUGAGUUACUGUGGAAUUGCCCAUUACUAGUAGCAUAUAGCAGCGCAUGUCUCUUGCCUAAAUGAAGGCCCCUACGUGGGGAAUAGCUUAUGUGUCAUCUUAAACCCAUCCUUUCUGACUCUCCCAGUGUGCAUGUAGCGGAGCGGAGCGGAGCUGCAUCAGUAGGACUUUGGGUCACAGCCCAGAGCUCAGUUAUAGGGUCCUAUUAACCACCCACAGGCCACUGAUGGAAUCUGGACAUGGGUCUGUGUGCAAACAUGCACUCUCUUUCACACCUUGGUCAGCACUGUGCACUGCUGUCAGUGUCAUGUUUCAGUACCUCCAAAAGGAUCUUCCUUUUGCUAUCUUUCUCUGGUAGUGCCACGACUCUUGCCAUCUACCUGCCAAACACCGGGAUGCGUGCGUGCGUGCGUACGUGCGCGCAUGGAACAUGCUAGUUAGGAUUUCAUAUCGUCAGUGUUUUGACAGACCAUUGGAGUUCACUCGCGUGAUCUUUGUUUACUAAAGAUAUCCAAAAAUAUGUUGUAUGCUCAUCCUAUUUCCUUAUGAAGUGCACUAUGUUUGCAUGUACAGUUUUACAUGAGAUGCACCCGUUUUCUUUGGUUUGGUUUUUAUUAUAAUGGAGUGUUUUGGAAAAAGAAAAUCUAUGAAAAUAACUGUACAAAAUGGCCUUAAACUUUCACUGAUUUCUUGGAAUUUGUGUGAUGCCUUCAGAUAAUGAAUUGUUAUUGAAUUGUUCUCUAUUUUGUGUGUACAAUAUUUACUCUCUAGUGUUUAUUUUCAUUGCACAACUUAAUUUAUGGGGAAUUAUGAUAUUGUACUUUUGGAAUCAGUGGUAAAUCAGAUGAAAGCAUGACUGAAGUACUGGUUGUCUGGUCCAUAUUCACCCAUAUUAUAGAUAACUAUUUCUGUAUCAAACUAUCGAUUUUUAAAUAAACAUUCUUACUAAACACUAA